UCUCAAAGAAUUAUAAACCUGGAGGAAAGCGAGAAAGAGAGAGUGUGGGGCUAGGACUAGAAAGAAAAACAAACAAACAAGAGAAGAGAAGAGGCGACGUCUUUAUUUCAACAUGCGAGCAAACCCAUUCUAAAGGAUGACCGCGAUGGGUUAGACAGGAUUUAACAUGAUUGCAAAAUAAAAGCAAUUGUGUGUAGCGAUGUCAGCUCCACUCGGGCCCCGGGGCCCAGGCGCCCCCCCGCCGGCUGGAGCCCUACCCGACCUGCCGGACCUCAGCCACCUCACCGAGGAUGAGAGGAAGAUCAUCCUGGGCGUCAUGGACCGACAGAAAAAGGAAGAUGAGAAGGAACAGUCAAUGCUAAAGGUCAAAGAAGAACAAAAGCCUCAGCCGGCACAGUGGUUUAGUCCCUUUAGUGGGAUCACUGAGCUGGUAAAUAACGUUCUGCAACCUCAGCAAAAGUCCCAAAAUGAGAAGGAGCCUGAGCCUGUGUCUGAGCCUGAGACGAAGUUGCACCAGCAGUUUGAGAGCUACAAGGACCAGGUGAAGAAGAUGGGGGACGAUACGACCCUGCAGACGGGGACGACAGGAGAACCCCAGAAGAACCCCAAUGACUCUCCUACCUGCGGGAUUUGCCACAAAACCAAAUUCGCUGACGGCUGCGGCCACCUCUGUUCAUAUUGCCAAACGAAAUUCUGUGCUCGGUGCGGAGGACGAGUGUCUCUGCGGUCAAAUAAGGAGGACAAAGUGGUUAUGUGGGUAUGCAACUUGUGCCGAAAACAACAAGAAAUCCUAACCAAGUCGGGAGCGUGGUUCUACAGCAGUGCCGCAGGGCCACGAGGCGGGUCUGAGGGCCCCAGGGGUCGACGUCACGAGGAGGCUCCCCAGGAAAAGAAGGCCAAACUGCAGCAGGAUCUCCUCUACCAGGGGCCCACAGGGGACAUAUCAGCAGAUAGAAGCAGACCUCCUGGGCUCCCCAGACAAGGCUCCCUCAACAACGGCUCAGGGCUGAGGCACUCAGGUCAAGGACAGGACAUAGACAGGAAACGAAGCCCAUCAGCAUCUAGGGAUACAAACCAAAAAUACGACCAAAGGGAGGAGCGGGAUCAGUAUGCCCCGGGGGACGGCACCAUGCCCAGAUCACCGUCCGACUACGGGGAUGGGGACCCUCGGCGUGGGGCCCCACGGAGGUACCAAGACGCUGAGGCGGCGCGGGGGGAGUACCGUGGUGGGCGUGGCCGCUGGCGCUCCCAGGAGGACUAUCCUCUGGACCAGGACGGGCCCUACCCUCUAGACGGGCCCUACCCUCUAGACGGGCAGCCCAGUGAGUACGAGCUGCAGCGCCAGCGCCAGGAGGAGUACCAGACACGCUACCGCUCAGACCCCAACCUGGCCCGUUACCCCGUCAAGCCCCAGCCCUACGAGGAGCAGAUGAGGAUGCAUGCUGAGGUGGGCCGGGCCAGGCACGAGAGGCGCCACAGUGAUGUGUCUCUGGCCUACACGGAGCAGGACGAGCCCCAGGGACCAAUCCGCCUGUCCAGACAGCACCUGACCGAGCGCCGGCCGCCCAUGGUGGGCCAACGCUCCUACUCCAUGGACAGAAACUCCCCCACCCCUGGAGGCCACCACCGGACCUCCAACCACAGCCCCCCCACCCCACACCGCAGCCCCGUGCUGGGGGACAGGUCAGGGGACAUGAGGCGGGGGCCAGGGGAGCCAAUAGGGUUCAGGGGUCAUGAUUAUCUGGACCCCAGCUCUGCAGUCAGGAAGACCAAGAGGGAGAAGAUGGACACCAUGUUGAGGAACGACUCUCUGAGCUCUGACCAGUCCGAGUCCAUCAGGCCGCCGCCACCAAAGCCCCACAAAACUAAAAAGGGGGGUAAGAUGCGGCAAGUGUCCCUGAGCAGCUCGGAGGAGGAACUGGCCACCACGCCGGAGUACACCAGCUGUGAGGACGUGGAGAUAGAGAGUGAGUCUGUCAGUGAGAAAGGGGACAGUCAAAGGGGGAAAAGAAAAACUAUUGAGCAGGCAUUUUUGUCCGACUCAACACACAACACCUUAUCUGAGAGGCAAAAGAAAAUGGUUCGCUUUGGGGGCCACUCAUUGGAAGAGGACGCAGAAUGGUGCGAACCCCAGGUUAAAGACUCUGGCGUUGACACAUGCAGUAGCACUACCCUAAACGAGGACAAUCAGCAUAGCCAUAGUGAGAAGAAUCCAGUGACAUGGCAGCCCUCCAAAGAUGGGGAGCGCCUAAUAGGGCGGAUUCUGCUCAACAAGCGGAUGAAGGAUGGAAGUGUACCUCGAGACUCAGGAGCACUGCUGGGACUGAAGGUGGUGGGUGGAAAGAUGACAGAAUCUGGUAGACUUUGUGCUUUCAUCACUAAAGUGAGGAAAGGAAGUCUAGCGGAUACUGUUGGACACCUCAGACCAGGCGACCAGGUGCUGGAGUGGAACGGGAGGUUUUUACAAGGAGCCACAUUUAAAGAAGUUUACAAUAUCAUUCUAGAAUCAAAGCCAGAACCCCAGGUGGAACUGGUGGUCUCAAGGCCCAUAGGAGAUAUUCCUCGGAUACCAGACAGCACACAUGCACAACUGGAAUCAAGUUCGAGUUCCUUUGAGUCUCAGAAGAUGGAUCGCCCCUCUAUCUCUGUCACGUCUCCCAUGAGCCCCGGGAUGCUGCGGGACGCCCCCCAGUACCUGUCAGGACAGCUCUCAAGCCAAAGCCUUAGUAGAAGAACAGCGCCUUUUGUCCCUAGGGUCCAGGUCAAACUGUGGUAUGACAAAGUGGGCCAUCAGCUAAUAGUGACCAUCCUGGGAGCCAAGGACCUGCCUUCUAGGGAAGAUGGCCGCCCCAGGAACCCUUACGUCAAAAUCUACUUCCUCCCUGACAGAAGCGACAAAAGCAAGAGGAGAACAAAAACGGUAAAGAAAUCCUUAGAGCCCAAAUGGAACCAGACCUUUAUGUAUUCUCCUGUGCACCGGCGGGAGUUCCGUGAGCGCAUGUUGGAGAUCACCCUGUGGGACCAGGCCAGGGUCAGGGAGGAGGAAAGCCAGUUCCUGGGAGAGAUACUGAUAGAGCUGGAGACAGCCCUGCUGGAUGAUGAGCCUCACUGGUACAAGCUGCAGACCCACGACGUGUCCUCCAUGCCCCUCCCCCGCGCCUCACCCAACCCCCAGCGCCGACAGCUCCACGGAGAGAGCCCCACGAGGAGGCUACCCAUACAGAACAAGGGGCCGUAUUCGUACAAUUCAGGAUCUCAGAGAAUCAGCGACAGUGAGAUCUCUGACUAUGACUGUGAAGACGGUGUUGGGGUAGUGUCAGACUACCGGCAGAACGGCAGGGACCUUCAUAGUUCCACAUUGUCUGUCCCAGAGCAGGCGAUGUCAUCCAACCACUGCUCGCGGUCAGCAGACAUGAACCGGGCGCGGUCGCGGUCCCCCAGUGUCCCCCCUCCACAGAGCAGAAGCCUGGACCCCGGCUAUGACAUUGACCCCGCCUCGUCUCAGUACAGCUCCUCCAGCAGAGUGGACCGGCGCAGUGUGUCCGAUGACCACCACUCACCUGACAGCCAUUUUCUCACCCUACCUCGAUCCAGACGCUGUCAACCUAGUGAUGAUCAUCAGAAGGAACCCAGGAACCACGGAGCCGUUGACAGGCAUGUGUAUCACAGCAGGUCCAGGUCAGCUGACCAGCGUCCCGCGCUAGAGCGCAGCACCUCCCGCUCGCGGUCCACGGAGCGGCCCGACUCCGCCCUCAUGAGGUCCAUGCCGUCUUUACCCUCCGGACGCUCCGCCCCUCCCUCACCUGCCUUAACGAGGGCGAACCCCCGCAGCGGAUCGGCUCAAACCAGCCCCACCAGUACCCCCAUGUCCGACAGGAGAGGAGGUCGACAACUACCACAGCUUCCACCCACAGGGACCAAGGGCAGAAAAGACACGGACUCACCAGGUUGGACCAGCUCAGGUGCUAUGGAUGUGGAGGAGAGGACCAGACAGAUGAAGCUGAAGGUGAACAAGUUCAAGCAGGGGGCCGGGUGCGACUCCAGACUGGAACAGGACUACAACAAGAGGAGGGAUGGUCAGCGGGGUUCAGACAACAUGUCAGCCAAGUCUUCGGACAGUGAUGUAAGCGACGUGUCCGCUGUGUCGAGAACCAGUAGUGCCUCUCGGUUCAGCAGCACGAGCUACAUGUCUGUCCAAUCAGAACGGCCGCGAGGAAAGCAGAAGAUCAGUGACUUUACGUCCAAAAUGAAAAACAGGCAGUUGGGCACGUCGUCAGGGAGUAUGAACAUGACCAAGAGCACAAGCAUCGGUGGAGACAUGUGCAACCUGGAGAAGACGGACGGCAGCCAAUCGGACACGGGCGUGGGCAUGGUAGGCGGGGACGAGGAUAAGAAGAGGCGCUCCAGUAUUGGUGCCAAAAUGGCAGCAGUGGUUGGCCUCUCGCGGAAGAGCAGGAGUACCUCUCAGCUCAGCCAAACAGCCGGUGGGAAGAAGCUUCGCAGCACCGUGCAGAGGAGCACAGAGACGGGCUUGGCCGUAGAGAUGAGGAGCAGGAUGACUCGGCAGGCCAGCAGGGAGUCCACCGACGGCAGCAUGAACAGCUACAGCUCCGAGGGAAACCUGAUCUUCCCUGGUGUGAGACUGUCCUCCGACGCCCAGUUCUCUGACUUCCUGGAUGGACUAGGCCCAGCCCAGCUGGUUGGACGACAGACGCUAGCUACACCACCCAUGGGUGACAUCCAGAUUGGAAUCGUGGACAAGAAAGGAGCGCUGGAGGUGGAAGUGAUCCGAGCCCGUGGCCUUGUGGGAAAACCAGGUUCCAAGGCACUGCCAGCACCAUAUGUAAAAGUGUAUCUUUUGGAAAACGGAGCCUGCAUAGCCAAAAAGAAAACAAAAGUAGCAAGAAAAACCUUGGAUCCCCUUUACCAGCAGCAACUGCCUUUCGAAGAGGCUCCUGGAGGGAAAGUUCUACAGAUCAUCGUAUGGGGAGACUACGGACGCAUGGACCAUAAAUCCUUUAUGGGAGCAGUUCAGAUACUUUUAGAUGAGCUGGAUCUGUCUAACAUGGUGAUUGGCUGGUUCAAGCUCUUUCCUCCUUCCUCAUUGGUGGACCCUACCCUGGCCCCCUUGACAAGAAGAGCUUCCCAAACAUCAUUGGAUAGCCGGUCAUAGCAGUGUGUGGACUGAUAGCAUUGUUGUAGCAGCAGCACCCAGUGUUGAGGUUAAACAAGCUGCGACAGACCGGUCACGCCCCCCGGUUACACUGCAUGCUUGAUGUUGUGUCUUCUGAGCCUGUUUCUAGGGGAGCAAACGUGAUCCUGUGUUUUGAGCAAAGUGUCGCACACAUUGUGCGUAGCGAGCGUCGCUCCCUCGGCCGGGUCGGAGCGCCAGCUCAGAUUGGAAGGCCGUAACGGACUCCUUAGCACCAGGAAUUGUCUCUAAAUCGAGCGAUUCCAGGUUUUCAUCCAAUCUUAAGCCAUGGGGGUCGGAACUGGGAACCCGCUCGAUGAGUUCUACAGAAGCCCUUUUCGAAUGAAAAAUACAUGUUUUAGUUUUUAAUUAAUUAUUUUGUUUUUUGUUUGUUUUAUUGUCGAUGUACUUGCAUACCUGAAGGGGUGACUGACAGUGUUGUCCUGUCCAGAAGCUUGGUCAUGCCACGCCAACAGACCUAGCUAGAUGUGUAAAUGGAACUAUGAGGAUCAUUGCAAUAGGAGAGGUGUGGUGUCCCAACUAAAGCUCAAACCCCAAAUAUGAGGCCCUAUAUAAAUACAUAGGUAGUAGAUCACACCAGAGAGACAAUACUAAAGUUACUAAAGGCAAUACAAAAGUGGCUACUGUACUAUCGACACUCCAGAAUCUUUUGAUCAGAACCCACAACAAGGCUAACUUUUAUGACCUAACGUUAUUAUUUCUCUGUUGAUAUAUUGUAUGAAAUUUAAAUGAAGAUAAAAAAAAAAAGAAUUACUGAUUUUUUUGCAUGGACAAAACUUUAGCUGAAAAAAAGAUAAGAAAAUUAUUUUCUUGAGGCUGCGACUUGCAAAAAAAGAUGAAGAAAAACAAAUAAAACACAUCAGCCAUUUUCAACAAUUUAUAUUAUUUUUAAAUAUAAAUUUCACUAGUGCAUGGUUUUCAAAGGGGAGUGAAUGCAACAGCGUGAUAAAAAAAGACACAUUGUUUAUCAUUCUUUAGACCAUCCAUAACAUAAGUCUGUGUUUGGCAGACAUACAGUAAGAGAAACUCAAAUAAAAACCUUUGGAGUUAUUUAUCCAAAAAAACUGUUUAUGUGACAAAGUGAUGAUGAAAAUAAAUGUCAAUUAUUUAUUUCAUUGUAAAGGUUUACAAGCCUUAUAAAGAUAAACAUUAUGUGCAAAUUGUACACGUCUCUUUCUCUCCCUUGUCCCAGGGCAUCCCCCUGAUAUUGUCCAGAGUUUCAGGACUGUUGCUUCUUUUACAGCUCUGUAUCGUUUCAAUAUGUCUUUUUGGUGGGGGGGGAUUUGAUUUGUUUAACAAGCAUGUUGAAAAAGAUUUUCUGCAACAUGGCUUGGGCACACCUUUAAAGUAACUCAGCAUGUUUUGAUAAAGAGGAUAUUUGGGAGUUUUGCAGUUUCUUGUACAGUGCAUGUCAACUUAGUUACUUUUCCCCCUCACCUUCAAUUGAAUUCUACAGCAAAUUAAUUUAGUUACUUUCAUGGCCAGACUAUUAAAACGUUAUAACAAAACAUUCCACCAACCCCUAGAUCAUAUUUUAUUUCCACUUUUCCACCAACCCCUAGAUCAUAUUUUAUUUCCACUUUUCCACCAACCCCUAGAUCAUAUUUUAUUUCCACUUUUCCACCAACCCCUAGAUCAUAUUUUAUUUCCACUUUUUCAAAAAGAAUGACAAAGAAAAAUAUUUUAUAUUCAUUGGAGGUUGACAAAAAAGUUGUGGUUGCAAGUGUAUUUUAUUUCAGUAUUGUUAACUAACAUGCAAAAAUAAUCUGUAUUGGUACAGCAAGAAGGAUAUUUAUAUCCAAGCAAGAAGCGGCAAACAUACAACUUAUGUACUGUAUAUUGCUGUGUAGUUCAGGCACCGUUUCUGAGGACGAGGAAAAACACAAGGUCAAACAACAUGGGAUGUUGCCACACUAUAUGACUUUAGGUUUUUUGUUUUUGUGAAAAGAAAAUGAAUUUCAUAUUUUUAUUAGUUUAUUUACAAGCCAAGACCAGUUUUUAUUUUUUAUUUUUAGUAAUUAUAAAUGCUUCUUGUGUAUGGGAGGUAUAAGAAUCGUACAGUUAUGUCUGAAUGAAAAUAAACGGAGACAUUAUUCCUUUUCCAUGUUAAACCUAUACAUUCUAAUGUCCAUCCAAUAUCAUGAUGCUAUAUACUUUCAUUUUUGAUUGAUAUUGUACAUAUUAGAAAUUUGAAUAAAACAAGCAAACUCAAAUAGAUGAAUACAAUAUUUUGGAAUAGGAAUAAUGUCUCACAUGAUGACAAAGACAUGUUAUUUACCCUUUUGAAUGCCUUUUCUUUCUUUUGUUUUGGUGCAAUGUGUUUAUGCCAAGGCUAUGUCUUGGUGAAGUAUGGUUGAGUACAGAGAUUUAUGUAAGUUAUUUUUCAAAUAAAAAAUGGAUAUUACACCGACA